ACAAAAUUUGAACCUUGAAUUCUCUCUCUGAGCAUGUCAAUGGCGACGAACCAGGUAGAAGGAAAUGGCAAACUAAACGACGAGCUAGUGAACUCGAAACGGCACUGCACCGACUCCGAAGAUGACGAAGAAGAGUUGGAGGAUGAGACUUGGGAGGAUUGGAAAGACGAAGACGAUGAUGCAGAGGAGGAUUGUUCAAACCUGCUCUGUCUCUUCUGCGACUCACUUUACAGUUCGUGCAGUUCGCUGUUUGAGCACUGCGCGUCGGCGCACUCGUUUGAUUUUUACGAAAUUAAGAGAGCUCAUAAGUUGGAUUUCUACAAGUGUUUUAUGCUCAUCAAUUACGUCAGGUCCCAGGUAGCAGCUAACAAAUCUUGGAGUUGGGAGACAGCAGUUAGUUUUGAUGGGAACAGGUUUCCAUGGGAUGAUGAUAAGUAUCUCAGUCCCUUUCUACAAGAUGACCCCCUGCUAUACAGUUUUGAUGAAGAUGUUGAUGUAGACGAGGAGUGUGAAAAUGUGGUUGCUGAUAAAAACGAGAUAGAUUCAUAUUUAUCUCAAUUUGAGCGAAUUGAUAUUCAUGAGGAUUUUUCUGAUAGAGGAGCAUCUGAGCUUCAUGGGGGAGAUGCAGUUGAAUCAUCUUCUCAUAAAGACGUGACUGCUGCAAAGCCUUUUAAAAGCCUAGUGGUGGAUGAUACUAGCAAUGGAGAUGAUGGGGCUCUGUCCAACGGUAAUGGGAAAAGCAAGAUGGGCACUGAUCCUUUGUCAGAGAUUGUAGUAGCAAAAGAGAUCACGGACAUCAAUAAAAAUUAUUUUGGCUCAUACAGUUCAUAUGGCAUUCAUAAGGAAAUGAUCAGUGAUAAGGUAAGAACUGAUGCUUAUAGACAAGCUCUUGUGGAAAACCCUUCUCUUCUUAAAGACGCAGUUGUUAUGGAUGUUGGUUGUGGGACAGGCAUUCUGAGCCUAUUUGCAGCCCAAGCUGGAGCUUCGAGGGUUAUUGCAGUUGAAGCUAGUGAGAAGAUGGCUGCAGUGGCUUGCCAGAUUGCAGGAGAUAAUAAUCUUCUGCCAAAUGGAAGAUCUGGUGAUGGCAGUCAACAAAAUGGAUCUAUUGAGGUGGUUCAAGGCAUGGUUGAAGAGCUUGAUAGUGUCACGCACAUCCCACCUCAAAGUGUUGAUGUGUUAGUGAGUGAAUGGAUGGGCUAUUGCCUCCUUUAUGAAUCAAUGCUUGCCUCUGUACUCUUUGCAAGGGAUAAGUGGUUGAAGCCUGGAGGUGCUAUCCUUCCUGACACGGCUACUAUGUUUUUAGCUGGAUUUGGAAGAGAAGCUACUAGUCUCCCAUUCUGGGAUAAUGUGUACGGCUUCAAUAUGUCUCAUAUUGGCCGUGAGGUUGCUGAGCAUGCUGCCCGAUUUCCCAUUGUUGACGUCAUUGACAGUUCUCAUAUUGUUACGGACACAAAAGUUCUUCAGAGGUUUGACCUGGUGACUAUGCAACCAAGGCAUAUGGAUUUUACUGCCAUUGUUGAACUGGAACCAAAGUUGUCGCCUCAAUCAAACAACCCUCCAGACACUAAAUCAGAAACCACUUGGUGUUACGGAGUUGUACUGUGGUUCGACACUGCAUUCUCUGAGAGGUUUUGUCGUGACAAGCCUGUCAAUCUUUCAACAUCUCCCUAUGGUCCGAGCACCCAUUGGUCACAGACAAUCCUCACAUUUCGAGAACCAAUCGCAAUGGCCUCCUCAAACCUUGCUGGUGAGAAACUUGCACCAGUUGGUACCGAGGAAUGUCCUGCUGCAAGGAUACAAGCCCGGGUAAGUGUCGCCCGAUCUGUUAAACAUCGCAGCAUUGACAUUUCGAUGGAACUUACUGGAGUCGACCAUGGUGGUAGAAAACGCAACUGGCCUGCGCAAAUCUUCCUUAUAAACUAAGGGCCUGUUCACUAUGUUAGUGGUGGGUUAGAGGUGGGUUCUCACGAAAUUGAAAAUGUGUUUGCUGGGCCCACACAAUUCACAAAUUAAAUGGGUGUUCAGUGACUACGAAUUGGGCUUCAGUUUUGAGGAAGUGGAUUUUGCAAUUUUUUUUAAGCUGCCUUUUUAAAGUGUUGUGACAGGUUUGCCCCUAACGUGAUUUCAAAUUAGGAGUGAAAAACAAGAACCUCAGGGGCACAUUUGACUUUUUCCAUCUAAUUCUUGACGUGGUUUACGAUGCUGCUUCAAUUAGCACCCUUUUGUCAAUAAAUGAAACUGCCUUAUUUAUAGCUGCAACAGUGCGGGCCUUACUAAAUUGUAGGGCCAUCCUCAUUUAUAUGAAGCAUAGUGAACACCAGUUUAUGACCAGAAAUGAAGCAAAAACUGGCUAUAUCUAAUGUAGUGAACAGGCCCUAAUUGUAUUAUUUAUUUCGAGAAUUGAUUGUUUCUUUGUACUAUGAAAUUAAAAAAUUCUCAAAUUUUCUUAAUAUAAGAUCAAAGCAUUUGGUUGGCGAA